AUGGACCGUGUCUGUGCUUCUGUUCAGACGAACCAGAUCGGGGACCCAGAGUGGAGAAGAUCCGUUGCGGUGUCUCCCCACACCCACGGCGCAUUUGACGAGACCUACGAGAUUCACGACCCCUCCACGUUUACGACCGAUUUACCGCAACGCCAGCAGCAGGCUGCUUCCAAUCCUGCCUCUGAUCCUCCCCGAUACCCAUCACCGCGCCCUCUGAGUAGUCAAGGAAGUACCCGUUCGUUACGGAGAACGUCCCGCUCAAUUCGUCAACGGCCGGGAUCAGUAUAUGCUUCAGGUCGCCCAUCUCAGAUAGAGCAAACAAUUCCCGUACUGGUCCAACCUGUGUCGGACCGUAAUAGCGGAGUUGCUGCACUUCGUCCUGCGCUUUCCGAAGCCCGGACAGAGGGAUACGACGACGACGCUGACUCGCUAACUGACGAUCAUCCUCGAGCAUCAGGCGAGUCAUACUGGCCUCGCAGGUCUACCCGGGUUUGCCCACGUACAGCGUCUGCCAUUCUUUGGGCGCUAGAAGAAGCUAUUCGAAAACCCCUGCCGUUUACACCGGAUUGGGAAGAAGUGAAUGCGCCCAUGUCUGACUUGGGAAGCGCGACUGGUUCGAUUGGCCUCGCAGGCACAGGGCGAACACAAAAUGGCGCUUCACGCGCGGCCCAUGGCCCUGUCCCCGUUAACACACACCCCCCAAGUGGGGUCCGGACACCGACCGAUAUCAUGAGACAGCGCCGGGACCGAGAAGCUCGCAAAAAAGCGGAACAGGAAGCCAGAGAUAGGGAGCAGGAAGAGGCCGAGCACAGGCGGCAAGAGUCACAAGAAAGGGCUCAGGAUCCAGCCCAGCCCUAUGCUGCUGGCGUUGCGGGUAAUCGACCUUCACAGCGGAGAGCAGGUCCCACUGCUCCCGCGGGGGCUGACAUUCAGCCGGAAUCUCGUACGACACAGCAGCCUCCGGGAAUUCCAGCGGCGGCUCAACGGCCAGACUCCCAGGCUCACGGUCAGGCUCCGAUGCCACACGCCCACCCCAGGCAACCUGGGCCUUCGGCACAGCACAAUCCCCAGCAGCCACCAACAGGCUCGACUGGCGUCCAAAAGCAACCAGCACAAGCUCCAAAUCAGCCUGGCACUUCCCAGGCGCAGCAGCCACCACGACGUGUCGGUUUUCCUCACGCUUUUGAACGGUGGGAAACGUUAUCCUCCCAUUGGGAAGGCCUAACUGGCUACUGGAUUCGAAAGUUGGAGCAGAACAGUGAGGCUUUAGAACGCGACCCCAUUAGCCAACAGAUGGCCCGUCAGGUGACCGAUCUCUCCGCUGCUGGUGCCAAUCUUUUUCACGCCGUGGUGGAACUGCAGCGUCUGCGGGCAUCAUCCGAGCGAAAGUUCCAGCGGUGGUUCUUUGACACCCGUGCAGAGCAAGAGCGAUCCAAAGAACUCCAGGCCGAUUUAGAGCGACAGGUCCGGACUGAGAAACAAUCGCGGACAGAAGCAAUGGCUGCGUUGCAGAAGGCCGAGAGUGACAAGAGUCGCGCGGAGUCGCUGCUCAAGGAAAUGCGCCGGGAACUUCAAAUAUCCAAGGAAGAAGCCCGUCGUGCGUGGGAGGAACUUGGUCGCCGUGAGCAAGAGGAACGGGAUCGAACGAACUCUCUGCGCAACGGAGAGCCCACCUUGGUUGGAGGAGUGCAGGUGGUGCCGAUGAUCCAGGGCCUCCCUUCUCGGUCGAACACCGCGAACCAUCCAUCAGGGGGGCAGGGAAAGUCAUCCGAAGGUCAUUACUAUGAAGAAACGCCCGGGUCACCUACAGAGACCGAUCCAUUCACGGAGGGGCAGCGGCCUUAUCAGGAAUCUGACAGCCAGCGCUAUGCUCCCCGACAACCGCACACAUCAGCAGCUGCAGAACCCUCGGGGCAGUAUGCCGGGAAUUACUAUGAACACGAUGGCGAGUACACUGGCCGCCCGGCAUCUGAGAACGACAACCGCUCCUAUGAUCCGAGCGCAGCUAGCAGUGAGCCUGGCGAUGACGAAUAUGGCGGAUAUCGCCGUACCCAACCUCAGCAAGGGCCUUCCAUCGUUUACCCACGUCCUAUGUCCGAGGAAAGCGACGACUAUGAGCGGGGAUCCGUGGAGGAUGAAGGGGGCUAUGUGCCUAGCACUAUGCCGCCGACCACCUCCGCGCCUUAUAGCCAGGGCUCUGUAGAUUACAGUGGCUCCGGAUGGGGAACUACCUGGGACUCUGUGACCCCCCGUCAUCGCCAUCCCACCCGACUCAGCGAUGUUAUGGAAGAGGAAGAACCUCGAACUACGCCUAGCCGUGCAAGUCGUGCCAGCCGUGCCAGCCAAGCCAGCAGAAGUGUACACUAG